GUAUGCUUCAAGUUGCUGACAUUGGUGUUGCUCUAGUGGGCUGUUUGAGUUUUUUCUUAGUUUUUGCCCUUAAAAAUGAGCCGAAGACGGGCUCACGAUGAUGAUGACGGAUAUGAUAGAGCCUAUAGAAAAAGACGUAGGGUAUCAGAAAACCAAGAAAUCGAAGACCGCCUGGAAUCCCUUAUAUUACGUGUCGGGGAAAAGAGCACAUCGUCACUUGAAUCCAAUUUGGAAGGACUUGCUAGCGUUUUAGAAGCUGAUUUAAGUACCUUCAGAGCAAAAAUUUUGAGAAUUCUAACAGACUGCGCGAUUCGUAUGCCAGAGAAAUGUACAGUAUACACUACCUUAGUUGGUUUACUGAAUGCGAAAAAUUUCAAUUUCGGAGGAGAAUUUGUGGAGUACAUGGUCAAGACUUUCAAGGAAGCUCUUAAAGGUUGUAAAUGGGACGCUGCUAGGUACUCCCUUAGAUUUUUAGCAGACCUUGUUAAUUGUCAUGUAAUCAGUGCUUCAUCUAUAUUACAACUUUUGGACAAUAUGAUUGAUGCUGCUAAUGAGGACAAUGUUCCACAGGUUCGCAGAGACUGGUAUGUCUUUGCCAUUCUCUCAACCCUUCCGUGGGUUGGUAGAGAACUAUAUGAGAAAAAAGAACAAGCCCUUGAACACUUACUUGUCCAAAUAGAAGUAUUUUUGAAUAAAAGGCCUAAAAAGCACCACAAUGCCUUAAGAGUGUGGGCUAGUGACAAUCCACACCCUCAGGAAGAGUAUUUGGAUUGUUUGUGGGCUCAGAUAAGGAAAUUGAGGCAAGACAAUUGGGCUGAAAAGCAUAUUCCCAGGCCGUAUUUGGCUUUCGAUUCGAUUCUCUGCGAAGCUUUGCAGCAUAAUUUGCCAAGCAUUUUGCCUCCUCCGCAUCACGAUUCUUACCAUUACCCAAUGCCUUGGGUAGUUUUUAGAUUAUUUGAUUAUACAGAUUGUCCUGAGGGACCUAUUUUGCCUGGAGCUCAUUCUAUCGAAAGAUUUUUGAUUGAGGAACAUUUGCAUUCUAUUAUAGAAAUGUAUCAUUUGGAACGCAAAGAUUGUGCUGCUCACUUACUGAAUUUCUCUUACAAACUAAAAAUUCCUCUAGAAUAUUGUAUUGUAGAGGUAAUAUUUGCGGAAAUGUUCAACAUGCCUUCGCCAAGAUAUUUGGAUAUUUGCUACGGUUCGAUUUUGAUUGAACUUUGCAAACUUCAGCCGAGCAGUAUGCCUCAAGUUUUAGCUUUAGCCACUGAAAUGCUGUUUCACAGAAUCGAUUCUAUGAACGUAUCUUGCUUUGACAGAUUCGUCUGUUGGUUUUCGUACCAUCUGAGCAACUUCCAAUUCAGAUGGAGGUGGGAAGAUUGGGACGUUUGCUUAAGCUUAGACUCUGAACACCCCAAACCCAAGUUUAUUAGGGAAGUUAUGUUGAAAAGCAUUAGGCUGUCAUAUUAUCAGAGAUUGAAGGAAGUACUACCAGAGGCAUUUGGUUGUUUUAUGCCACACAAACCAGAACCUGAAUAUAAGUAUGCCAAAGAAGCUGAAGCUGUUAAUCUCCCAGGUACUGCAGCCGCACUUCAACUUGUAGUAACAAUAAGGCAGAAAUGUACUCCAGAGGAAGUUUUGGCAGUUCUUAAAGAUUUGCCCAAUCCACGUUCAGACGAAGAAGGCGACGGCAGAUUCAAUCCAUUAAAAAUUGACGUUUUCGUGCAAACUUUACUGAACUUGGGGUCCAAGAGCUUUUCUCACAGUUUUGCUGCAAUCUCGAAGUUCCAUUACGUGUUUAAGAUUUUAGCUGACUCUGAAGAAGCUCAAAUUUGCAUCUUGCGUAAUAUGUUUGAACUUUGGCACAAUCAUCAACAAAUGAUGGUCGUUUUAGUUGAUAAAAUGUUGAAAACUCAAAUCGUGGAAUGUUCAGCUGUGGCUAAUUGGAUUUUUUCCAAAGAAAUUAGUUCCGAAUUUACUAAGAAUUAUAUUUGGGAAAUUUUACAUUUGACUAUCAGAAAGAUGAAUAGACAUGUAACUAAGUUAACAGGCGAAUUAACUGAUGCUAGAGAAAAGUUGGCCAGAGCUGAAGAAUCUAGUGAUAGUGAAAGUGACGAUGAAAAGAAAAAACAGGACGACGCAGAAAAACCUUCCGAAGAAAUUGUCGAGAGAAUGGAAGAAAAAUUGGAAGCGGCACAAGCCGAUCAGAAAAAUCUAUUUUUGAUUAUAUUCCAGCGUUUUAUCAUGAUCCUAUCUGAACAUUUAGUUAGGUGCGAUACUGACGGUAGAGACUACAACACUCAUUGGUAUAAGUGGACUAUUGGAAGACUUCAGCAAGUAUUUUUGGCUCAUCAUGAACAAGUCCAAAAAUACAGUUCCACACUGGAAACUUUGUUAUUUACGCAGGAUUUGGACCCACAUAUUCUAGAAAUAUUCCAGCAAUUUGUCUCACUUCAAGGCUAAGUGUUUUUUUUCAAAUCUUAACCAAUGCCACUUUUUUUGGCAAUAAAUUUUAUUUUAGUAUAGGAUAUUAUAAUCCAGCAGAAAAUGUCUCAUUUUUGUAUGAAGCACUUCUUUCAUAGUAAAAAAAUAUUCAACAAUUUUAACUGAGAUUUCUGUCUUUUUACAAUAAAACCUUCUAUCUUUGAUUUGCGGUGAGUGAAACAGAGGUGAAACACCUAUUUUAUAAAAUAAUUUUGAAUCAAAAAUCAUGCGCAGAUUGUUGAUUUGAUAGACUGUAAAACAAUUUAGUCAGUUUUGAAUGGCUUUUGUGAAAGUUGGAAUAAAACGCAUUUUUGUUCACGUAUAAUUAUUGAAAACAUAUUUUUAAAUAAAUUAAAUGUAGGUAUCUACCUCCUUCUAGCAA